CUGGCUGCCGGCUGCUGCCACCGCAAUCCCGGCUCCUAAAUCAGUAAGGGGAGGCGCCCCUCCCUCCACCCGGCUCCCCCGGCUCCCCGGGCCGCGAUUGGCCGCUCGGGCGGCCCCCACCCCCGGGCCCCGGGCUCCAGCUGUCGCGCCAUUGGCUGCGGGCCUCCGCCAGCCUUUACAUAAGCCCGGCGCGCUCGAGUGGAGUUGUAUAAAGCGGGCGCGCGGCGUCGGGGCGGGAGGCUCGAGGCCAGCCCGGGACCAGAGCUGGGAGCUGGAAGGCGGCGGCGGCAGAGGCGGCAGCGAGCGCCCGCGCUCCGACGCCCCCAGGCGGUGGGGCUGAGAGAGCCGAGGAUGGCUCCGAGCGCUGACCCCAGCAUGUUCACAAUAUUGCUGUUUCUGCUGCCUCUGUGGUUCCUGCCCCUCACUGAGGGGUCCCAGCGGGCUGAACCCAUGUUCACUGCAGUCACCAACUCGGUCCUGCCUCCUGACUAUGACAGCAACCCCACCCAGCUCAACUACGGUGUGGCAGUUACUGAUGUGGACCAUGAUGGUGACUUUGAGAUCGUCGUGGCAGGGUACAAUGGCCCCAACCUAGUUCUGAAGUAUGACCGGGCCCAAAAGCGGCUGGUGAACAUCGCAGUGGAUGAGCGCAGCUCACCCUACUAUGCACUGCGGGACCGCCAGGGGAAUGCCAUCGGGGUCACAGCCUGCGACAUCGACGGGGAUGGCCGUGAGGAGAUCUACUUCCUCAAUACCAACAAUGCCUUUUCAGGGGUGGCCACAUACACAGACAAGUUGUUCAAGUUCCGCAAUAACCGGUGGGAAGACAUCCUUAGUGAUGAGGUCAACGUGGCCCGUGGCGUGGCCAGCCUCUUUGCCGGACGUUCUGUGGCCUGUGUGGACAGGAAGGGCUCCGGUCGUUACUCUGUCUACAUUGCUAACUAUGCCUACGGUAACGUGGGCCCUGAUGCUCUCAUUGAAAUGGACCCCGAGGCCAGUGACCUGUCCCGGGGCAUCUUGGCACUCAGAGAUGUGGCUGCUGAGGCUGGGGUCAGCAAAUACACAGGGGGCCGGGGCGUCAGCGUGGGCCCCAUCCUCAGCAGCAGUGCCUCGGACAUCUUCUGUGACAACGAGAAUGGGCCUAACUUCCUCUUCCACAAUCGAGGCGAUGGAACGUUUGUGGAUGCUGCGGCCAGCACUGGUGUGGACGACCCCCACCAGCAUGGGCGAGGUGUUGCCCUGGCUGACUUCAACGGUGAUGGCAAAGUGGACAUCGUCUAUGGCAACUGGAAUGGCCCCCACCGCCUCUAUCUGCAGAUGGCUGCACACGGGAAGGUCCGCUUUCGGGACAUCGCCUCACCCAAGUUCUCCAUGCCCUCCCCUGUCCGCACAGUCAUUGCUGCUGACUUUGACAAUGACCAGGAGCUGGAGAUCUUCUUCAACAACAUUGCCUACCGCAGCUCCUCGGCCAACCGCCUCUUCCGGGUCAUCCGUAGGGAACACGGAGACCCCCUCAUCGAGGAGCUCAAUCCUGGGGAUGCCUUGGAACCUGAGGGCCGGGGCACAGGGGGUGUGGUGACCGACUUUGAUGGAGACGGCAUGCUAGACCUCAUCUUGUCCCACGGAGAGUCCAUGGCUCAGCCACUGUCUGUCUUCCGGGGCAACCAGGGCUUCAACAACAACUGGCUGCGAGUGGUGCCACGGACCCAGUUUGGGGCCUUCGCCAGGGGGGCUAAGGUCGUGCUCUACACCAAGAAGAGUGGGGCCCACCUGAGGAUCAUUGAUGGGGGCUCUGGCUACCUGUGCGAGAUGGAGCCUGUGGCACAUUUUGGCCUGGGGAAGGAUGAAGCCAGCAGUGUGGAGGUGACGUGGCCAGAUGGCAAGAUGGCGAGCCGGAAUGUGGCCAGUGGGGAGAUGAACUCGGUGCUGGAGAUCCCCUACCCCCAGGAUGAGGACAGACUUCAGGACCCCGCCCCACUGGAGUGCGGCCAAGGAUUCUCCCAGCAGGAAAACGGCCAUUGCAUGGACACCAAUGAAUGCAUCCAGUUCCCAUUUGUGUGCCCGCGAGACAAGCCCGUGUGUGUCAACACCUACGGAAGCUACAGGUGCCGGACCAACAAGAGGUGCAGUCGGGGCUAUGAGCCCAACGAGGAUGGCACGGCCUGUGUGGGGACUCUCGGCCAGUCACCGGGCCCCAGCCCCACCACCCCCACCACUGCUGCCACUGCCACUGCUACUGCCACUGCUGGAGCUGCCACUGCUGCACCGGUCCUCGUAGAUGGAGAUCUCAAUCUGGGGUCAUCGGUCAAGGAGAGCUGCGAGUCGCCCAGCUGCUGAGCAGGGGUCAGACCAGACAUGAAUCCAUGGGUGGAGGCCAGCAGGGGAGCGGGAAGCUGGGCUGGGCUGUUUUCUAGACAGUAGGGCUCUGGUGUCCUAGGAGCUGGACACCCCAGGGCUCCCCCAAACCUAUCUGUGCACAUUACUUAGCUAGCAGUUAUGGAGAGUUGUAGGGCCAGGCGCUAUGCUGGGUGCAUGGCCAUCAUGACGUGGGAUGAAGUCCCUGCCCUCAUGGAGCUUACAUUCUAGCGGGUCUAAAGACCACAUCUUGGGACACAACGUGCUCAGAGAGGUAUAUCUCUUUACUGCACAGGAAGUAUGAGGACUCUGGUGUCCGAAUUCAAAUCCUAACUCACCCACUCACAAACUUUGUGACCUUAGGCCUGUCACUUAACUUGUUAGCCAUCAAGUGUAUGGCAUCUGUAAAAUGGGGAUAAAAUAAUAGGAUCUUGGGGUUAUAGCAUAGAUUAGUUAAAAGAAUGUAUGUAAGCAAUAAGCACCAUACCUUGCACAUAGUAAGACUCAAUAAAACGAAGUGCCUCUCA